AUGAAAGUGAUGAAAGUAAAGAUUUAUAUUCGAAAUAAUAUAUUUAAGGGGAUGUUUGAUACAGGAUUAAGAGUAUCGUUAAUAAAAUAUGAUGUAGCUUUAGAAUGUGAAUUGGAUGUAGAGGAAACUGAUAUAAAAAGUAAAUUAGUAGCAGUAAACGAGAAUGGAAUUAAAGUAAAGGAUAUGUUGAUGUGGAUAUAA